AUGUUGAAUGACGAAUCACGGAAAAGAGUUUACGACACUUUCAAAGUAAAAUUACGAGAAAACCAAGAGAAAGCAAUUAAUGCUGUGUUAUUAAAUCGCGAUGUGUUCGUUGGGACCCGCACCGGGAGUGGAAAAUCGCUGGUAUAUGAAAGCAUUCCUAUCAUAAAACCAGGUAUCGUCGUCAUUGUAGCACCUCUCUUGUCAAUAAUGAGGGAACAAGUUGAGAAAUUGAACAACUUUGGACUUGCUGCCACUUACAUUGGGAAAAACGUUGAGGAAAAUAAAAAAAUAGAGGCGGGGCAAUACGAUUUCGUUUUUAGUAGCCCCGAAAGACUGAUUGUUGAGAGGCGGUGGAGAGAUAUGUUCAAGUCAGAGGAGUAUAGGAGGCGGCUACAGUUGUUAGUCGUGGAUGAGGCCCAUACAGUAACACUUUGGGGAGAGGAAAGGACAGAUGAAGAUCCUUUCAGGGAGUGGUUUUCAAAGAUUCAGGAGCUGCGAUCUUUGUGCCCAAAUGUUCCUGUCCUUGCUCUUACUGCAACUGCUGGACCAACUCGGAGGAGGAAAAUUUUAAAAUGUCUAUGCUUUCGACCAGGUUAUGAACUUGUUCUUGAUUCGCCUGAUAGGAGAAACAUUAAGACUGUGAAACCCAUUAAAAAUAAUGAUACUAUAGACAACGUUUUUGAUUGGCUUAUUAAAGACUUGACAACCCAGAGAACAGUUACCAAGACAUGUGGUCUUUUGUAA